GUUGGGGAGGGGACGAUGGGUGCUUCGGCUUUUUUGUGUGGGAUCUGCCCUGAGGGCUUGGUGCGUGUGGGGCUGCUCCCAGACCCGCUGCCUUGCUGUCCUGCCAGGCAGAGUGGCACGGGAUGUGCUCGCUUGCUCCGGGGUCCCAGGACAGGAGGCCGGGCUGUCUUCCGUGUCUCCGGCCGGUCCCGCCCCAGGCCCUUCGCCCUGGAUAAGUUCAGGGCCGGCGGCUGCCACAGAGAUAACGGGGGCGGCAGAGGCGAGCGGACCCGCCAGCCCCAGCCCAGCCACCCAGCCGCCGCCAUGCUGACCGCAGACGAGAAGCGGCUGAUCCUACUCUCCUGGAACAAGGUGCAGGAGGACUUUGGGACCGAGGCCGUGGAGAGGAUGUUCACCGUCUACCCACAGACCAAGACCUACUUCCCCCACUUCGACCUGCGCCCUGACUCGGGGCACAUCCGCUGCCACGGGAUGAAGGUGGUGGCCGCCCGGGAAGCCGUGAGGCACAUCGACAACAUCAGCGAGGCGCUCUCCGCGCUCAGCAACCUGCAUGCCUACAACCUGCUGGUGGACCCGGUCAACUUCAAGCUGCUGUGCCACUGCUUCCAGGUGGUGCUGUCCGUGCACCUGGCGGACGAGUUCACCCCGCAGGUGCACCUCGCCUAUGACAAGUUCCUGGCCGCCGUCUCUGUGGCGCUGACCGAGAAGUACUGGUGAGCCGCUGUCCCUCGCGGCUCUGGCAGGUUAGCCACGCGGCCUGCGGUGCUCUGACCCAAUAAAGAUGCCAUCCCCGCA